AUGAAAGAACACGAGAUAUACAUGAUGAAUAAAGUGUUAGAAAACUUGCUUGGAAAGUCUGUUGAGCAGAGAUUUGAAGAGAUUGAAGUUGAAGAAGUUAGAGCUCGACGUCAAGCUGAAAUUGAUGCUGAGAUGAAGUAUAAAGGAAAGGGUGUUGAAGGUGUUAGUGAAAUUGCUGAAAGAUCAAUUGUUCCAUCUUCUGUUUCUGAAUCACCUAUUCAGAAUCCUCGUCCAAUAUCUGUUGUUUCCGGUAUUUUUGAAGAGGAUGUGUUACUUGAUGAUGUCAUUAAUGAGGAGGAUGAUAUUGAAGAGGAUGAUGAUGAAGAGGAUGAUGAUGAAGAGAAAGCAGAUGAUGCAGACGAUGUAUUCUCUGCUAGUAGUCAUAGUGAUAAUGAUGAUGAUGACAAUGGUCAGGGUGGUACUGGUGUUAAAGUCACUGAAGCGUCUAAUGAAGAGAAUGUAGAAGAUUAUCUUCAUGAUGAUGCAAAUGAAGAGCCUGAGGAUGCUACAGGUGAGGGGGAGAACGUUGAAGAUCAGAACGUUGAUAAAAAGGAAAAAUUGAUUUUGCGUCUAGAGCCUGAAGUUGAGGAAGGAGAAAUUAGGCACACUUACACAAUGAAUGAUAUUAUCGAGAUGACGCGUAUUGAUGAUCCUAACUUCAAGUUUGACUUUGAAGAAGAGUUGAAUGCAUUUGAUAUGAAUCAACAGCCCGAGUAUCAGUACAAGUAUGUUGAUGAAGCUGAUAAUUAUGAUAGGGUUGAGGUUGAAGACUGCAGCGACGAAGAAAAUGUCAAUGUAGAUACUUCACACUUUCCAACAUUGGUUGAAUUAAUUGAUAUUCUUAAAGUAAAAGUUGUUGAGUUGGAAGAAGAGAAAGCACGCAGAGAUGAGCAGAACAAGUACUUUGAAUUAAAGAACAAAGAAUUGGAAGCUGCUAAAGCAAUGAAAGAACACGAGAUAUACAUGAUGAAUAAAGUGUUAGAAAACUUGCUUGGAAAGUCUGUUGAGCAGAGAUUUGAAGAGAUUGAAGUUGAAGAAGUUAGAGCUCGACGUCAAGCUGAAAUUGAUGCUGAGAUGAAGUAUAAAGGAAAGGGUGUUGAAGGUGUUAGUGAAAUUGCUGAAAGAUCAAUUGUUCCAUCUUCUGUCUCUGAAUCACCUAUUCAGAAUCCUCGUCCAAUAUCUGUUGUUUCCGGUAUUUUUGAAGAGGAUGUGUUACUUGAUGAUGUCAUUAAUGAGGAGGAUGAUAUUGAAGAGGAUGAUGAUGAAGAGGAUGAUGAUGAAGAGAAAGCAGAUGAUGCAGACGAUGUAUUCUCUGCUAGUAGUCAUAGUGAUAAUGAUGAUGAUGACAAUGGUCAGGGUGGUACUGGUGUUAAAGUCACUGAAGCGUCUAAUGAAGAGAAUGUAGAAGAUUAUCUUCAUGAUGAUGCAAAUGAAGAGCCUGAGGAUGCUACAGGUGAGGGGGAGAACGUUGAAGAUCAGAACGUUGAUAAAAAGGAAAAAUUGAUUUUGCGUCUAGAGCCUGAAGUUGAGGAAGGAGAAAUUAGGCACACUUACACAAUGAAUGAUAUUAUCGAGAUGACGCGUAUUGAUGAUCCUAACUUCAAGUUUGACUUUGAAGAAGAGUUGAAUGCAUUUGAUAUGAAUCAACAGCCCGAGUAUCAGUACAAGUAUGUUGAUGAAGCUGAUAAUUAUGAUAGGGUUGAGGUUGAAGACUGCAGCGACGAAGAAAAUGUCAAUGUAGAUACUUCACACUUUCCAACAUUGGUUGAAUUAAUUGAUAUUCUUAAAGUAAAAGUUGUUGAGUUGGAAGAAGAGAAAGCACGCAGAGAUGAGCAGAACAAGUACUUUGAAUUAAAGAACAAAGAAUUGGAAGCUGCUAAAGCAAUGAAAGAACACGAGAUAUACAUGAUGAAUAAAGUGUUAGAAAACUUGCUUGGAAAGUCUGUUGAGCAGAGAUUUGAAGAGAUUGAAGUUGAAGAAGUUAGAGCUUGA